UUCCGGUAAAAUUUACUCGGGGUCCUAGCAGCGCGGAGCUGGGAGCUGAAGCAGCGCAUUUGCUAAAAAAAAAUUGGCGAAAUGUCUGGAAGAGAGGGUGGUAAGAAGAAACCCCUAAAACAGCCCAAGAAGCAGGCAAAGGAUAUGGAUGAUGACGACAUGGCCUUCAAACAGAAACAGAAGGAAGAGCAGAAACAGCUGGAUGCAUUGAAAGCGAAGGCUGCUGGGAAAGGGCCACUGAGUGGGGGAGGAAUCAAGAAGUCUGGAAAGAAAUGAGUCAAGAUGAUGUAAUUCAAAAUACUAUCAUGAUCUGUCAGAGACCUUGGUUUUAAUCUGUCAGACAUACAUUUGGGUCCAUUUUUGGGUUAACAAAAAAGAAAUGACCUUUUUGAAUUAUUUUUGUUUUUGUUGUAAAGUGGAUGCUCUGAAAUAAAGUUUUGUAACUACUGUA